AUGACUCGUAUACUCUUUCUCCUGACGCUAUUGGCGUCACCAUCCCUUGCCUGUUUCGGCAUGGGAGGUGGUGGCGGACUAGGAGGACUCCUACCCGGACUUGGAGGUGGUGCACCUGGUGGAGGUGCGAUGUGUUGUGCACCCGCAGCCAGUGCAGGCGCAUCGUGCUCUCCUUGUGGAGGAGGAGGAGGUGGUGGCGGAGGAGGCUACGUUGCUCCUCCAGCAACCGGAGGUGGUUACGCUGUCGCUGGAGGCGGUGGGCUACCUCCUCCUGCGUCUGGAUAUGCGCAAGCCCCGUCGUUUGGAGGAACGUAUGCAGCGCCUCCUCCGGUUCCUGUUCCCGCUCCAGCUCCUAUACCGGCUCCAGCUCCUGUUCCUGCUCCAGCACCAGUCUAUGCUCCCCCAGCUCCCGCUCCCGCCCCCGUUCCCGCUCCAGCUCCAGAAAUUUCUGCGCCAGUCAGUGGCGGCUAUGGCGUAGGUGGUGGAGGAAUAGCUGAAGCACCUGCACCUGCAGCACCUUCUGGUGGCCUACCUACGGUGAUUGUGGUACCUGCUACCAUACAAGGUGGCGCGGCACUAGGAGGAGGAUACGGCGGCGGGGCAGGCGGUGGUGGAGGCUACGGUGGUGCUGUCGGUGGAGGUGGCGGUGGAUACAGUGGCGGCGGCGGUGGCGGCGGAUACAGUGGCGGCGGUGGCGGCGGUGGAUACAGUGGCGGCGGCGGAACCUACGCUGCGCCAGCCGUUGCAACUGGUGGCUAUGGUGGUGGUGGUGGAGGCGCUGCAUGUGGCGGAGGAACUUUACCUGCUUGUGGACCCGCGGACAUGGGAGGAGGAGGAGGCUCUUAUGCUGGACCUGCACCAGGCGGAGGAGGAUAUGGCGGUGGAGGUGGCGGCGGCGGUGGUGGCUAUGGAGUUGGAGGCGGUGGAGGCAGCUCGUAUGGUGGUGGAGCUGCUGGCGGCGGUGGUUAUGGCGGUGGCGGCGGAGGAGGAAGUUACGGAACUGGACCAGCAGUUGGUGGUGGUGGAUACGGCGGUGGCGGCGGUGGUGGAGGAAGUUACGGAACUGGUGGUGGUGGUGGAGGAUUCGCAGGUGGAGCAUCACUUGCCGCUACCAAUGGUGGAAAUGGUGGAACCUCUUUCGCUGCCGAUGCCCCUGCUGGAAUAGUCGCAGCUAAACCCGUCGGUCAAGCCUUAGCUGAUUCAAAGGCUGCACCAGCACCCGUACAAGUUGAGGAGACGAGCGUUGUCGAAGAGUCUCCGUUGGAUGAAGAGUCAGUAACGGAUUCUUCAGAUUCACGGCGAAUUCAUUAACCUCGCGGCCAUGUAAUUACAUCGAUUAUAGCCACUCAUCGUAUUGUUCAGACCUCAUCUGUUUGUAUAUAACGACCGCUAGCCAAGUCACAUUGCUAGACUGAAUCCUUUCCAGUUACUCUGCGUACGAAAGGCAAACACCUAGUCGUCUACAUAAAUUACGCACUUAUUGAGCUAUUAUACAUUCACUUAAAACAAGUGUCGCUCACAAACUUUUUGUUGACUUAUUAUUUAUAUUUAUGGG